AUGUUUAUUCUGGCCGAACAAGUAUUUGCUGGGUGGCAUUACUGUGCAUGUAAAAUUAUUUUGAAUUCAGAAGUCGAAAUUGGAAGUCAACGAGGAACGGAUGAAAGAAGUAACACACUGCCUUCUACAUUUGUGCCUAAUUUUCAUAAUAAAGAAUCGGUAAAGAAAAUGAAAUAUAAUCGGCUCGGAAACACUGAUAUUUUUAUAUCAAACUUAUCACUGGGAUGUGCAGCUAUAGGGGGGCUUUUUGGUGAAGUAGGAGAUAUUUCGGUAUUUGAAAUUUUGGAAAGUGCAAUAAAAAACGGCAUCAAUUUUAUUGAUACAGCUUAUUGGUAUGCACAAGGACGAAGCGAAGAGUUGUUAGGCAAGGUUUUACUCCGAAUACCACGAAAAUCAUAUUUUAUUAGUACAAAAGUUGGGAAAUUCGAAUUAGAUUUUGUACAACAUUUCGAUUUUCGAGCCGACAAUAUUCUUCAGAAUCUUACAAAAAGCCUAAAGAAAUUAAAGUUGGCGUAUGUUGAUAUCUGCUUCGUUCAGAUUCAUAAUUCAGAAUUUGCGCGGCAUGAAAAAAUAAUUCUCUAUGAGACAUUAUCAGCUUUGGAAAUAGCGAAAAAUUCAGGAAAAACACGUUACAUUGGCUUAGCUGCAUAUUCGCUCCAAAAAUUACAAUCAGUAAUAGACAAUUCUGCAGUUCCAAUCGACGUUGUUAUGGUGUAUUGUAGAGGAACAUUAAAUGACAACUCUCUUGGUGGCUAUGUGCAGAUAUUUAAGUCCAAAGGAAUUGGCAUAAUCAACGCUUCGCCAUUUUCAAUGGGCUUAUUGACUGCAAAAGGACCUUCGUUGUGGCAUCCGAUGUCUCUAAAUGUCCGAGAAAUUACAGCAGCUGCAAUUCAAUAUUGUAUGAGCAAGAACAUCCUAAUUGAAAGGCUAGCAUUGGAUUAUGCGGUAAAUUUUCCUUGCAUAUGUUCAUGCCUUGUUGGAAUGGAGAGUGUACAACAAGUCAUGGCUAACAUCGAAACAGUUUCUUCGAAAAGAUUAACUGAAGUUGAAAUCAAAGUUCGCAGUCGUAUUAUGAGAAGAUAUUUCGAUGUACUAGAAAAUGCAGAUUGGGAAAAUGUCGAAAUGCAGGUAUACUGGCAGCGAAUGAAAACAUUAGGCUUAUCAGCACUAGCCACUCGUCGUGAGUUAUCAGUUGAAAAUCAGCGUUUAACCAGACGUGCCAGUUUUUCACUUAAAUAA